GUGCAGCUUUAAAACUACAUCCAUGUUUCAACCCGCUCAUCGUCACUGAAGAAGAGCGUGAAGCUACUUGAAAGGUUUGAGCAGCUUCCAACAUGUCUGGUGGUGGUGUCGUCCGAGGACCAGCGGGGAGCAACGACUGUCGGAUAUAUGUGGGGAAUCUCCCUCCUGAUAUUCGCUCAAAAGACGUCGAAGAUCUGUUUUACAAGUACGGAGCCAUUCGUGAUAUCGAUCUGAAGAACCGGAGAGGAGGACCGCCGUUUGCCUUCGUGCAGUUCGAGGACCCGAGGGAUGCUGAGGAUGCUGUUUACGGGCGUGAUGGUUAUGACUACGAUGGCUACCGCCUGCGUGUUGAGUUCCCCCGAAGUGGAAGAGGAGGAGGUGGUGGUGGAGGAGGUGGAGCACAGGGAGGACCCCCGAGGGGGAGGUAUGGUCCCCCGUCCCGACGCUCGGAGCACAGGGUUGUCGUGUCAGGUCUUCCCCCCAGUGGAAGCUGGCAGGACCUGAAGGAUCACAUGCGAGAGGCAGGCGAUGUGUGUUACGCCGAUGUGAAUCGUGACGGCACUGGAGUGGUGGAGUUUGUACGCAAAGAAGACAUGACCUACGCUGUCCGCAAACUUGACAACACCAAGUUUCGCUCUCAUGAGGGAGAGACGGCCUACAUUCGUGUGAAGAUGGACGGUCCUCGCAGCCCCAGCUACGGUCGCUCCCGCAGUCGCAGCCGAAGCAAGAGCAGGUCGCGCAGCUACUCCCCUCGCCGCAGCAGAGGUUCCCCGCGCUACUCUCCCCGGCGUUCCCGCUCCCGCUCUCGCACCUAGACUCGCCUCGACCCUUAACCGAAGCAGUGGUGUACCUCGGAGCCGCAGAGGAAAUCUUCACGUCACAUAACAAACCCUGUAUACUCACCACUGAGCGUCUCACGUGUUACCUGUUUACACUGUCUUUUUGUGUUGUCUCCUUUCCUCCACUUUUUGUUGCAGUUUUCAUUUUUGCGCACCAGAUGUGUCUGGUCUGUGGCCUCGUUUCACUCUUGGUUUGCCGUUCUUCUCCCUCUCUCCCCUUUUUCUCAUCAUCAUUUUUCUGCUAACCAUCUCUCCCUCUUUUCUAUACCUUUCUUCUGCUGUUUGUCCUUAUUGUAUGCUUUCAUUUGGAAAGAUUCUACUUCUUUAAAGCAUAUACUACUGUACUUUGACCUUCUUGUGUGUCUCUCUAUAGAGUUCAAAGGAACAGGAUAGGAUGGGAACAGAGGAAACAGUUCAUAUUAAGAUAAACAGGAGGAGGAGGAGUCAAAUAUGGCACCCAAUGGUAUGAUGGCUGUGCAGUGUUUUAUAUACACUUGACAAUGGAGUGCCAUUGUUGAAUGUUUUCAGUAGUAAUAAGUUUGUAUACUACUUUGUCUUUGGAGACCCAAAGCUUGUGCUUUUGCUUAUCUCUCAGUAUCCAAAGUAAAUCUUAGGUUUUUUUUUUUUUUUUGGUUUUUUUUUUUGGAAUUUAAUGUAGAUGGUGUCCCUUGUUUUUCUCAAAGUGAACUCCCUCGUAGAUGCAUUUAAUGACAGAUUUUUUUUUUAAUUUUGAAGGUGUGAUUCUAACUUGCCUCCUUCUCUUUGGUUCUGCUGGUAUUCUGAAGGUUUGGACUGGGCUCAUUGUCUCACCAUUCCGGAGCCGGAUCAGGAUUCAGGAUCAGAUCAGGAUUAGGAUUUAGGCGUCAGGAUGGAUACAUGGAGCAGGAGCACGGGAGCAUUUUACCCGGGGGGGGAUCCCGAACCCGGCCCUGUCCACAUAACCCCAUCAAACCGGAAACUAAACUAAAGCUAAAUUGGCGUUCAAAUAAUCCAAAUUAUUUUUUCCAUUUUGUGUGGGACCUCAGAGACACGAUUACUGACGGCAUCGCGAUUACUUUUUUGCUUUUUAAAUUAUAAAAAAAAAGAAGAGCAGAGCUCGGAUCAAAACCAGGAGGAGGGCUGGGAGGUGCAGGAUGGAUCCACACGCGUAAGGAGAGUGGUAAAUAGUGGGCAACCUGUAACAGUGGAGGAGGGAGGGAGGGAGGGUGGGAAUGUUACCUUAAUGUGGUUUGUAUCAUUUUCUUAGGUCAGUCUUUUCCUGAGGAGAUCAUUUCUGAUUUUCUUAAGUAUAAUCUUCAAUAUCGUAAAGCUUUAUUCUCUUUUAAUAAAAGUUUAACAUAGGUUAAAUGUU